CCUUUCUCUGUUCACCACUCACUAUUCUAAUUUCUAAAUAAGUUACCCAACACUAUUUUAACAUCAUCAUCAUCAUCUCAUCAUCAUCAUCGUACAACCAUUUCCAUUUAACAACUAAACUUUUUUUUAAAAAAAAAAUCUGGGUAUUUCUCGGUUACAGGUUAGAGUUUGUCACAUCCAUCAAACACCCCUUGAUUCUUGGCGUGCGUCAGUGAACCUAGAAGAGCGUCAGAGUAACACAGUCACCCCAGAACUGUGUCUUUCAAACGUCACCCAAUUGAAAACGUAAUGAAACGUUUCUAGCAAGGUUUAUUAGUACUAUUACUACUCAAACCCACAGCCACCAUUGAUUGAUAGUAGCUAGCACUUGUUGUGAGCUGAGAAAAAGUUCACAUUGAUAACAAGAUGGGGAAUUGCCAAGCUGCAGAGGCGGCAACGGUUGUGAUUCAACAUCCAGGGAACAAGAUCGAGAGGAUUUACUGGUCGGUUAGUGCUAACCAUGUUAUGAACUCAAAUCCUGGUCACUACGUUGCGCUUGUCGCGUCCUCACCCACUCUCAAGUCCGAGAAUGGGACGCCAUUGAAGCAGCUCAAGCUUCUCCGACCCGAUGAUACUCUUCUUAUUGGCCAGGUUUAUCGUUUGAUCAGUUUCGAAGAUGUGUUGAAGGAGUUUGCUUCCAAGAAAUGUGGUAAACUAGGUAAAUUGCUCAAGGAGAGAGGUGGUCAUGGGGUUCAAAUGAAGCACAAAGAUUCCAGAGCUCCAAAUCCUAGUCCCAGUUCGAAAUCUGAUUUCGCUACCAUUAAGGUGGAACAGGAGAUUCAACGAAUGGGAAACAAUGGCAGUGGUAGCAGAAGCAGCAUUAACAAAGGUGUUGGAAGGCAUUUCGUUGGUGGUAGUGGGCAAUGGAAACCAGCCUUACAGAGCAUUGAAGAAGUUGGAACUUGAAGCACUAUUAGCCAUUACAUUCAUAUUGCUCUCCUUAAUUAGUACUCUACUAUACAUAGGGUUUGUGUUCGUUCUCUCUUUGGAAGGACAUGUAUACAUCUUGAACUCACGGUGUUUUGUUUUGUAAAAUUCAAUUAAACCGUUUCCAUGUUGCCUGGUUUGGAAGUAUGUAGCUUUGCCUUUAAAUUUUGAUAGUGA